AUGUCUGGCGUAUUAGACGGCCCUGCUGGGUUUGCGCUUCGCAAAAAUGGCACCUGUCUCGACACAGAAGUCGAUUGUGGUGCGACCAUGCCCCCUUUUCGAGCCUGUUGUCCCGCGGGCUCGCAAUGUCCAAGUCAGUACAAUGUGAACUGCUGCCCAUCCGCCGCGAAUUGCACGCAGCUGCUUUUGGAGACGCCGAAAUGCGCCAAUGAGACGUGGAAUUUGUACAAUUAUUACGGAUACUUUUGCUGUGAGAAUGGGACAACAGCCUUCGGGACGAGUUCAAACAGUGAUGGUUGCGCGGUGCCGGGGUAUCAGUUCGAUAGCUCCGAGACUCUGUUGCCGGUUGUCUCUUUGGGGAAAGCAUCCUUUGGGACAUCAACUGCCUCCGUAACAUCCACACUGUCGACGAGCUCUACAUCCGCAGCAUCACCAACGCAAACAUCGACUCAACCCCCUGAUACGUCCUCCAAGACAAACACAGGAGCCAUUGCAGGAGGCGUAGUCGGUGGCGUGGCUGGAGUAGCCCUCAUCGCUUUCUUGGUGUGGUGGCUUGUCAGUCGCCGAACGAAACGUCAGCCAGCCGUCUCGGGGCCACAGGUGGUCCCCAUCACAGAUUAUAAAGAUAACAGUCAGAUGGUCAGUGAACUUGACGGCCACAGCACCGUGCAUGAGCUCGAGGGCCAGGAAAAUCCUCACGAGUUACCAGCGGACUCGGCAUUCCGUCGAUGA